UAAAUUAGUCGCCUUCAUCUAGAAACUUCAUGUUACGCCGUCUUCCACGUUGGUGGCGCGGCGAUCCUCCUCUCAAACCGUCCCUCCGAUCAUCACAAUUGCAAAUACAAACUCCUCCACACCGUACACACCAACAUAUCAAGUUCCGACCUUUCGUACAACUGCAUCUUUCUGGAAGAAAAUGAAGUCGGGAUAAGAGGCGUCACCAUUACUGAAGACCUUUUCAAAAUCGCAUCCACUGUCAUCAGAUCGAACGUAACUACGCUCCAUAAGCGAAUCCUUCCGUUACAGAAAACUGUAGGGCUUGAUGAGACCGCCAUGAAACCUUCUAGAAUGACGCUGUACAGGUUCGGCAACACCUCGGUCGUUAUCGACAUUUACCUGAUAAUGAAUUGGAGCUUCUUACAUCUACUUACCACAAGAAGAUGAAAAACGAGAAUGUGUGUUCUAAAAACCCUGCAUUUUCUUUCGAUGAUGGUCUUUUAUGUGAUGAGCAAGAAAACGAUUUGGAUUUUAGAUGUGGGUUUGGGUUUGGUUUAUUUUAACAAGAAAUUCAAAUCGUGAAACAAAAAGAUCAUCUUUUUACCCAUUUUGAACAUGAUCUGUUGUGGGAAGAAGACGAGCUUCCUUCCCUUUUGUCUAAAGAGAAAAAUAUUGUUUCAGAAGAAGGGGAUUUGUUCAGUGAUUGGGUUUUAAUAGGUUUAAGGAAAGAAUCUGUCGAUUGGAUGAUUAGGGUUAGUACCCAUUACGGAUUUGUUGCUAUGACAACCAUUUUGGCUGUUAAUUACUUCGAUAGAUUCCUAUUGAGCGAUUCUUUCCAGAAAGAUAAGUUGUGGAUGAAUCAGUUAGCUGCAGUCGCUUGCCUUUCUUUAGCUUAUAAAGUUGAAGAAAUCCAUACCCAUCUUCUCUUGGACCUGCAAGUCGAAGGAUCAAAAUACGUAUUCGAAUCCAAGACUACAAUGAAAAUGGAGCUUUUAGUGCUUUCGUGUCUUCAAUGGAAGAUGAAACCAGUAACCCCACUUGCAAUAUUCGAUUACACAAUGAGGAGGCUUGGUUUAAUUACUCAUCGUCUUCAUUCAGAGUUCAUGAACAGAUGCGAAAGAAUUGCUCUUGCUGUCGUCAAUGAUUCAAGGAUUGUGGAGUUUUUCAAAACAACGGAUGAUAAAAAUUACUUUAGAGUGCAGUGGUUUUUCAGAGCUGAAGAUACGGUUAUGAAAAAAGUUGCUGCUAUUCUAGAUAAGAAGCAUUUAUUCUCCUCCACUUUAAUGAAUGACAACUUAUUAGGUUGUAUACUUUCUAAAGUCAAAAUAAUAGAAAAAGCUCCUGGGGUUUUCAAAAUAAAAGAUGAUCUAACUAUCAUUCCCUUUAUGGCAUGA